AUGGGAAGCUUCCUCUCUAUCCAAAGCAAAGACAAGCGCCGUCGCUCCAAUAGAUUAUCUAAACCACCCCCAAAUCCGGCGACGCUGGUCUCAGUGAAGUCCCGCGUACCUGAUCAGGCUUCUAACUCGACUUCCGCCGCAUCUUCUAACUCUGCCGCUUGGCAAAACUCCUGGACCGUUGGCUCGAGCCCUGGUAGCCCAUCUGAGGCUGGGACGAAUGGUCACAGAUCCCAAUCUUUGCCUUCACCUUCACUGCAACUCGAGGCACCACGGGAGGUGGUCGAGAGACCUGGGGGGCGUGGGCUAGGUAUCAAACAGGCCAACAGCGUCUGUCUUCGUUCACCUACCUCCAGUUCGACAGGGUCAGGGCCUUUGGCCAGGCGAACUUCGCUCCAAGAACCCAAACAGACUGCCCUUCAACCGGCAGCGUUCCGGGGUGAGCUACAGCAUUUAGCUCAACCUGCUCAGCCACAGAGGUCACAUUCAAGCCAUACGCCGGCUCGCCAAAACAGCUUUGUAUAUAACAGUACGAUUGAAGAAGCGACAUGUUCGAAUACCCAUUUCAUGGUGGACAGCCAGGGGUUCUCCCUAAUCCGCCGCCGUUCUUUACUUACAAGACCCGGUGUUGCCACGAGACGAUCAACGAGAGACGUGCCUCGACGACUGCCUUCUCCAAUCCGCCAGGACGAUUGGCUCCCCUCUCGUUGCGCAACAGAGCGGGGCAGACCGCCACAAUGGCCACUGCGUGACCACGAAGAGAUCCCUAUCAGGAACUCUCUCCCGGUCCCUCAAUUUCGCCCACCAACUCCAAGUGAUUUUGAAUACACCCAUCUUGGGGCCCUGAAGUUGGGGUCACUGCGAGUCGUCAAUGGCUCUGCGUCGCCAUGUCCCAGUGAUCGAACUUUGCUCAACCGACCCAGCAGUCCGUCUGUGGAGUCUAGCCCUGACCUCGAUACUACUUCGGAAGGGAGGCAUCGUGUCGGAGAACACGCAAGCUUCAAUGCUGAAGCUUCUAGAUUGACCCCAUCCGGCAACACGGAUAUGUUACCCACCCCGGAUCAUACACUUGAUGGCCCUAUAGAGCUGGACAGCCGAAUCAGAAAAACCCCGUCCACAUCCACGCUACAAAUCCCUCCAGAUGAGAAUUCUGAUUGGUCCGAUAACCUUCCUUCAAGUCCCUUUUCUUUCGAGAAAUCACCAACAACCGCAGUGUCAAGACCACUGGAAGAAAAUGGGAUUGAAGACGAAGGAAUCCAUGUUGCUGAAGACGACAGGUCUUCUGUUCACCAACGAGCUUCGAUCAGACGGAAUCUUGACCACGGACGGUCCACACGUUCUCGCAAGGUCGACAGCGGAUACAGCUCUGCGGCGUCUAUUCGGUCACUACAGGACAGCCGUGCUCGAGCAUCGAUCGACUCUCAGGUAUCCUCGCAACGUCAUGAAGGGUCCCGGCGAUUCACUCUGGGCGGUAAUUCCAAAGACUUCGAAGCGUCGAAGACACAAGUUCCCUCUGGGUCGGGCUAUCAGCUUCCUGUGCGUCGUCACCUCAGUCUUCAGGGACCCGGGGCAAGUUCCAGGGCUGGUGUUGGUAGUUGGGCCACGGACAAGUCUUCUAUGUGCCACGAUACCCCCAAAACAUCGGCAAGUGAGUGUGCGCGCAGUUUGUCUACUGUGAGUUAUCGUGAGCUUGACCGUUCGGGGUCACUUCGAUAUUGUACUCAGCUUCGAAGCCAUGGGUUCUCUACAGCUCAAGUCGCAAAUUCUGUCCCACGACAGGCAAGGGUUAAUGCACAGGAUGUACCGGGGACAGUUCCAUUUUACAGUCAACCCCAUGGUACUGGGUUUGAAGUUUAUCAAAAUCCUACCAGCCCUUCAGCGGACAUCUACCCCGAAGCAAGUCGACAUCAGGGUGCGGUCACUGCUGAACAUGGCCAGUCACCCAAUCAAAACUCACAAGUCUAUGAUGGGCUCUUCGAGGGCAACACAACUCACGAAUCCAAAUUCUUUGCCCCGUCGUCGAUCCAAGUGACCACGGGCAAUCUACCGACACGCGAGGCACCUCAACAAUACCUGGGAGUAACCACUGUUCCAGCUAUGUGUACGCCAACUCAAGAUGACCGAACGGGAUACGAACUUGUUGAAGACCCUGUUCUUGAACUCCAGCGUGGCAGGACCAGAAGCCGGACCUUUGAGUACCAGCGCUGCAGACUGCCAAACCAACAAGAAGAGAGCGUCCAUAUUGAAACUCCACAUUUCAUAUACCUCUGA